AUGAAGUCCACCAUUCUUCUAGCUUUGGCCACUGUCGCCUUUGCUGUUCCAUCGCCACAGAAGCCGAAUGAGCGCCGAAACAUUGACUUCGGGGAAUGUAAGGGAAAGACUGUGGGUCAAUGUAUCGACGAGGGGCACGACGAAUCUCUCUUCAAACAGUUGAAGCCGAGCUUUGGCAUCGGGGGCUGGAAGGACGCAAACGGGUGCAAGGCCAGAAAGGAGUUCGAUGGAUGCUACGUGGCUCAGAAUCUGUAUUGCGCAGGUUUGGGCAAAGUCGGAGGGACGGCUUGCCUUACUAUUGCGAACGACUCUUGCAUGAGCACGACCAAGAACUGGGUGAAGAAGCAUUGCAAAGAUACCAAGGUGGAUGACGUCAUUGAGGCCAACCAGAAGUAG